AUGUUCUGGAGAUUUGGCAUAAAUUCAGCAAUUGAUGGACUUUUGGAUAAAGAAGAUCUUACAUUAGAAGAAUUGUUAGACGAGGAUGAUUUACUUCAAGAAUGCAAAGCACAUAACAACAAGCUGGUUGAAUAUCUCCGCGAUCCAAUAAUCCUUUCUCAAUUGUUGAAUUACAUAAUUCGUGACGAUCUGGACGAGAGACAAAGAUUCAAAUAUCCAUACGUUGCGUGCGAAGUAUUUUCCUGUGAAAUUUGGACUAUUUGCGAAACUGUCAUCGAUAAUGUAGAUUUGCUCAAUGCAUUUUGGCAGUUUCUUGACCGUCCUGCACCAUUAAAUUCUUUGCAAGCGAGUUAUUUUACGAAAGUCAACAUAGUAUUCUUGCAAAAAAAGAUGAUUGAGAUGGUAAAAUUUAUCCAAUCUAUUCCUAAUGUUGUCAAAAAAAUGUUAAAUCAUAUGGAGACAUCUGCUAUUAUGGAUUUAUUGCUCAAACUUAUUAGCUAUGAGGAGUACCCAGAAGGGGCUGGGGUUAUUGAUUGGCUGAAUUCCGAGGGUCUUAUUGAAGCACUAAUUUCUCGACUGGAUCCACAUCUUGAUCCUGACGUUCAUUCAACUACGGCACAAGUUCUAAUAGACAUAAUUACUAUUUCUCAAUCGAGUAAUCCCGAACAAGGUGGCGUUGGGCCAAAUGCAUUAAGUAGAGAACUAAUCAGUGAAAAAACUGUGUCUCGACUUGUCAAUUAUAUGCUUGAUCCGGAGGCUCCGAAUUCAACAUCUUCCUUGACUAAUGGAGUGAACAUACUUAUGCAGAUAAUUCAAAAAAACAAUUGCGAUUUCAAUGAGGAAUCAACUCCUACAUUGUCUCCGCAUCAACCACACCCUGUUGUUGAUUUAAGCGACAUGUUACGAGUAUUAGCUAACCGAAUAGGAGAUUUCAAAUCGUUGCUUGAAAAUCCCAAAUCAGUGUCAGGACAAAUAGAUACAACGAUAGGUAAAAUGGUACCUCUUGGGUUCGAAAGAUUUAGGAUUUGCGAACUUUUUGCAGAAUUAUUGCAUUGUUCCAACAUGAGUUUGUUAAAUGUUGUCAGACAAGAAAUACCUGUUAAUGGGUUUUAUGAAUUAAAACAUGAUGAUUAUUCAAAUUAUAAUCCGAUUACUCAAACGAGUGAGAUCGGAGGAGUAUUUCAAAUGCAGAAAAAAGAUAAUAGUCAGACAGUUCAAACAAGUUGUAUUGAGGAAGUUGUUCAAACAAAUGAAGUUGGGGAAGUUUUUCAAAUCAAAGAAAAAGAUGAAAGUUUUCAAAUCCAAGAAAAUGAUUAUGAUUCAACAACUCAAACAAGUGGUGUGGAGGAUGUCUACAAAAUACAAAAAAAGGAUUAUGAUCGGGCAACUCAAACACAGGAUACCUUUCAAAGUCAAGAAAAGGAUUAUACUCAGACUCAAACCAAUGUGAUUGGUGAAGUUUUUCAACUUCAAGAAAUAUCAGAACUUCAAACACAGAAUAUUGAUGAUAUGAAACAAAUGGAUUCAAAUUUACCUGAUUCCAAUUUAGGACAAUCGACACCUGUAGCAUCUCCAAUAUUUGAACACUUACAGGCCCCACCGGGUUUAGAAGCUGUUUCUCAGUUUAAUCAAUAUAACGGACUAAACUCAUCACAAUUACCAGUCGGAGAUAUAUUAAAAUCUAAAUUUAUUGAAUAUAGAAUUAUACCAACUUGCUUGGACCUUUUCUUUAACUUCAAAUGGAAUAAUUUCUUACAUACUGUGGUAUAUGAUAUGAUCGCACAAAUAUUCAAUGGACGAAUGGACAUCGGAUAUAAUAAAGCCUUGGCAAUUUCAGUCUUUACUGAUGGUCAACUCACCAAACGUAUCACAAAAGCACAAAGAUUAAAUGACUAUGAAAUUGAACAGCCAAAAGGUGUGAGAUUAGGUUACAUGGGCCAUCUAACAUUCAUUGCUGAAGAAGUUGUAAAAUUACUUGAUCGAUAUGCAGUGGAAAUUGGCGAGAAAGUGAGAGAAUACAUUGAAGCUGAAGAUUGGCAGGAGUAUGUAUCCAAGACAUUGCGCGAGACGAGAGAGCGAGAUAGAGCACCAUUAGGUGGGCAACGUCCAAGUAAUCAUGAUAGUAUGUCACCAAGUCGUGAAGAAAGCGAAGACGACGAUGGUGAUGAUACCAGUGAAGCUGUUGCGGACGGUGAUAUGGCUAGUGAUCAGUUUGCGAGGUAUUUAUGCCAACAAAUUACAAACGAUCUACCAGAUAAAUUUGGCUCAUCUGAUGAAAGUGAUGAUGACGAAGAAGAAGGAUGGAUGGGAAAUGCACUGUUUUUUAAUUUUAUGGCAAUUUAUAAAAUAAUACUAAUUCAACUUAGUGAUGAUUUCGACAGGGACGUCGAUUUCGAAAUGCGCGGCCCAUUCUCAAAUCCUAAUAUGAUAGAGAGUGAUCAUUUCGAAAAUCGACGAUCAUCGCUGGGUGACGACUUUGGAGGGGAUAGUGAUGAAGAUGAUUCAUCUGCACAAUGGUCAACGUCGAAUAUGCAUGAGCAUAAACAACUACUUACUGUUGCUGAUUGGUCUGCAGCAGAAUUUCAAACAGGCUUCAAAACCUCUGCUACAAAACCAGCUUCUAAAUUAUCUGCAAAUACUCCGUCUUCCUCUGCUACCACUAAUUCCGUAUCUCCUCCUUCACAUACUGACAUUGUCACUUCCGUGCCGACUACAUCAGAAGUAGCAAAUGUUAAUGAAGAUGGAAUACCUGUUAAUAAUGUUAAAGAUGGAAGUGAUAAAGAUUCUAAU